AUGGGAGGGACUUUGACCUAUUACGAGAAUAAACAAAGAGAAUUGUUGGAGACAAUUAUCUCUCAUCUUCCAUUAGAUAACUCUUCUAUAACCGCAAACACUAGAUCUCUCUUUGGCUUAUUACGAUCCGUAAUCAUCCUCAAUGCCUCAGAGAAAUGCCGAACCAUUCUUGAGAAGAAGAUCGGAUCGCAGCUAGAGAAAGCUACACUUGACGAUCUACUCAUCCCAAGUUACUCAUACCUCAACGAAACAUUAUACGAUAUAGAUGUAGUGGAGAGACUACUAGGCCACUUUGUCGAAAACGCCUCCGUAUCCUCCUCCUCGUUGACGGUGGUUGGGAAACUAAUCGAUGGAGUUCUUGGAGAAGUCGCAUCUGACGGUAAUCUCAAACCGGAAAAAUUCUACAAACUCGCGAGGUCACUACCAUAUCAAGCACGGUUAUACGAUGACGGACUCUAUACAGCCAUCGAUAUAUAUCUCAAGGCGCAUCCAUGGAUAUUGGAGGGAGAGAAGGAGAAGAUAUGUAGUGUAAUGGAUUGUCGUAAACUUACACUUGAAGGUUGCACACACGCAGCACAAAACGAGCGUUUACCAUUACGAGCGGUCAUACAAGUCUUGUUUUUAGAGCAAUUACAACUCCGGCAAGCAAUCUCCGGGACGUUAUUAACGGCGGUGACGGAGGAAGACGACGGGGGUGAAACGGCUGGAGAAGGAGAGGUGGUGGACUUUGGGAGAUGGGAGAAAACGGUGAGGGAGAAUCAAGUGCUUCGUUUGGACAUGGAUACGAUGAGGACUCGUGUGUAUCAGUUGGAGAGAGAAUGUUUGUACUUGAAGAAAGUGAUCUCGAAGAUCGACAAGGUAAGUAUGUCCGAGGCUAAGGAUGGGACGAGAAAGUGGUCGAUGAGCAAGAAGUUGGGAUGCAAAUUUAGUACUCGAGUUUGUGAUUCGCAUGAAGCGACGAUGAUUGAUCGAAGAUCACGACGUUUUAGUACGUAA